CUUAUUAUUAAAAACAGUUUGUUGUCACUAGGUCAUAAGUGAGGUUAUUACCUCCCUAUCUUAAAAGUUUUAUCAAACUACGAUAAUAUUUAGUGAUUACAUAUUAUGUUAAAUAACUAGUGUUAUACUUUUAUAUAUUAAUUUAAAACUAAAGGUUUCGGUGUUGAUUUUGAAUAGUGGAAAUUUAUAAUGAACUGAUAACAAUUAGCUAUUUACAUGCUUACUGUGUUUUCGGGAAACAAGAACGGAAUUAAUAUUAUUUAAAUAUGGCUGUAAAUUUCAAAAAGUGUUCUAAAUUAUUUUCUACUUUGUGUAACAAUAAUAAUUACAAAGCAUUGUCGACAACAUGCUCAAACAACACAAAAGUGUCUUUUAACUGGGAAGACCCUUUGAAUUUAGAUCGACUAUUACACGACGAUGAAAAGGCAGUCCGGGACUCGUUGAAAGCUUAUUGUCAAGAGAAACUAAUGCCCAGAGUGGUUCAGGCAAAUAGAAACGAAGUAUUCGAUCGGGCGAUUUACAAAGAAAUGGGUGAGUUAGGGAUUCUUGGGUGCACCAUUAAAGGCUAUGACUGUGCUGGAGUAUCAUCUGUCACUUAUGGGCUCAUUACGAGGGAACUAGAUGGCGUAGAUUCUUCAUAUCGAUCGGCAAUGAGUGUACAGAGUAGCUUAGCUAUGGGAGCUAUAUAUAUGUGGGGUUCAGAGGAACAAAAACAAAAAUAUUUACCAAAAAUGGCAAAAGGUGAUUUAGUCGGUUGUUUCGGACUGACUGAACCGAAUUUCGGAAGCGAUGCGGGUGGACUGGUUACAAGAGCUAAAUAUGAUUCUAAAUCAAAAUGUUACGUUUUAAGUGGUUCGAAGACUUGGAUAACGAAUUCGCCAAUAGCAGAUGUCCUUAUAGUGUGGGCUAAAAAUGAAGAAAAUAAAGUAAGAGGUUUUAUAGUAGAUCGAGCUCAAGUGAAAAAAGGUCUAGACACGCCCAGAAUCAAUGGAAAAUUUUCUUUGAGAGCUUCGGCAACGGGCAUGAUAUUGCUCGACGAAGUAGCUAUACCCGAGGAGAAUUUAUUGCCCAACGUAGUAGGUAUGAAGGGGCCUUUCGGAUGUCUCAAUAACGCGCGAUACGGGAUCGCUUGGGGCGCUCUCGGUGCGGCCGAAACAUGUUUGCGGAUCGCUCGAGAGUACACAUUAGAUCGGAAACAAUUUGGAAGACCGCUCGCCUCAAACCAGCUGAUACAGAAGAAAUUGGCUGACAUGAUUACAGAAAUAAGUCUCGGCUUUCAAGCUUGCUUACAUGUCGGACGUCUAAAAGAUGAAGGUUUGGUAGUGCCCGAAAUGAUAUCGCUACUAAAGAGAAAUAACUGUGGUAAAGCUUUGGAAAUGGCGAGAGUAGCUAGGGACAUGCUCGGUGGUAAUGGAGUGUCUGACGAGUAUCACAUUAUAAGACACGUCAUGAAUCUGGAAGCCGUUAAUACUUAUGAAGGCACCCAUGAUAUUCACUCUUUAAUUUUGGGUAAAGCUAUCACUGGAAUACAAGCAUUUUAUUAAUACCUACUGUUAAUAUUGCAUCAUAUUGUAAACAUAUAUUAUUCUUGUUAACUAAUUUCCUGUUAAUAAAAUUGUUUUAUUGA